AUCUCAUACACUUUUUCAAAAAAUUUUUAUCGGAUUGGUUUCGCUCAAGUUCACAAUUAUAAAAAUUGUUUCCGCUGGAAUUUGUAUAUGUCAAUGGACUUUGGUUUCCAAAGGCUGUGGCUAAAUGGAAGCACGUCGUCUCGAGCGACAGCGCCGGGACUCGGCCAAGAGCAGUGCCGCAGAAACGCUGCCGUCGACGCAAGACGAAGAGUUCCAUUUACGACUCAUCGAAUUAUAUUGCCAGCAUCCAUGCCUGUGGAAAACGUCGCUGAGCGAAUACGAAGAUGCAGAGCUGAAGCGUCAGGCCUGGCAAGAUAUUAGCAACCAACUGGGCGCCCAUUUGACACCCUCCUUUGUGCGCAGUCGCAUCAGCAGCAUGCGCUAUCGGCUGAACGUGUACAAGCUGCAAAUGCUUGAGUUCAAGAUGAGCCCCGCCAGCGGCAAGCAGCCCGAGAAGCUCUACUACAUCGAUAAGUUUGCUUUUCUGGACGAGGCGAGCAGCUCGCAGCAGCAACAGGAGCUGCAGCAGCUAUCAGAGGCUGAGCAGGCACACGAUAGAACUGACUUGGGUGCCAGGAAUUCCGAUCUGAGCAUUUCCAGCAUAUUUAAGCAGCGCAUGCAACGGCAGCAGCAGCAAGCGGAGCAGUUGCCACAAGUAUUGCAACGCCUGAGCCAGAGCGGUCGCUCUGAAGGAGCUGAGGACAUGUCACCGGGCAACCUGGACGACUUUGCGGAUUUCAGCAUUGCCAGUGUUGUAAAGAAGCGUAUGCAGCAAUCGCUGCAGCCGCAGAUUAGGAGCAUCCCAAAAGUUCCCGACUCGCUCUUGAAUGCACGGCGGCUGAUAAAGAAGGCGCAAAACAAGCAACCAGUUGGCGAUCACGUGCACGGUGCAACCGGAAAGCCCAAUCAGAAUGCUAAGGCUCAAAAUAUGGAUAUUGAUAGUAUGCUUAAGCAGCGUAUGCAUCGGCUGGGCCUUGCCGAGCAGGGCAGGGAUUCGGUGGGCAGCUUGGACAGUUUUGCUGACCUUCGCGGAUCCCUCGUCAACAUUCCCAGUGUAGUCAAGAAGCGUAUGCGACAACAGUUGCCGAUAGGCGUACCGCGCAAUAUGGAACUGGAGAAGUUCACCCCAAAGAGCUUCCUCCAAAAGCCGGAGUCAAUGUUGACCAUACCACCGAACUCGGCCACGUUGCGCGCACAGCCAGGCGAUUCGGUGUCCACAACAAAAGUGUCCAAGCAGCCGGGUCAGCCAAAGCCGUCAGACUCCGAAGACCAAAUGUCAGAUGAGGAAGAAUUUUAUCGUUUACACUGGAGCGUACGUCAGCAGCAGCGUUCUCGUCGUCCACCUGGGAUGGUCUCCAACCGUGACCUCAUACCGCAACCCGUGCCGCCUCUGUUGCUUGGCAUGCGCUCCACUACCAACAUGGAGAGCGCUAACGAUACAAAGACAUAAGCACAUACAUAUAGCCCACACCAUCUACACCAACCACCUAAUCCGCGCUAUGCUCACCCUGCGCACGCUUCACACCCUUCACACCAUGCACACCAUCUUCACCAUGCAUAGUAACUAUUUUUCACUAUUUGACUCUGAUUACCAGUACCACUAGUUCCAGUAGUAUUUACUGGCAUUUACACAUUCGCGUGUGCUUCGUUUUCCAGCAACUGUUCGAUAUAUAUAUAUUUUUUUUUUUUUUCAAAAUUGGGUCCGUUCGGGCAUAUAAGUUUGUUACUUGAUAAAAUAAAAGAGAAACUAU